AUGGAAGUGUGGAAACUUAUGGCACCAUCAGGAGAAAGUGGUCAAGAGGAGUUGGAGGCUUCUACAGAGAUAAUGGAAGAGAGAGAAACAUCAUUACAAGAUACAGUUAAAGAGGAGAUGGAAGCUUCUGCAGACAUAAUGGAAGAGAGAGAAGCAUCAUUACAAGAUACAGAUCAAGAGGAGAUAGAAGUUGCUGCAGACAUAAUUGAAGGAUCAUCACAAGACCAGAAACAAUAG